GCCCGGAUUAUUCCUGACCAACAGCUCCCCGGGGAUGCGGGCCAAUCCCGUCACAGCGUUCGUACCACAUGACAUCCAGACCGCCAAUGAUUCGCAAGCCACCACUCUGACCGCCAAUGCCACUCUCGGACACACAAUCUGGCAGAUCGUGAUGAUCGUGUUCCUCUGCGGCUCGCUUUCCGUAGUCACCAUCACCGGGAACAUCCUGGUCCUGGUGUCCUUUAAAGUCAACAAGCAGUUGAAGACGGUGAAUAACUACUAUUUGCUCAGCCUGGCGUUCGCAGACCUCAUCAUCGGCGUGCUUUCGAUGAACCUCUACACUACGUAUAUAAUCAUGGACCACUGGGCGCUUGGGAACUGGGCCUGCGAUCUGUGGCUGGCCGUUGAUUAUGUAGCCAGCAAUGCUUCAGUGAUGAACCUGCUGGUGAUCAGCUUCGACCGGUACUUCUCCGUCACGCGUCCGCUGACGUACAGAGCCAAACGCACCACUAAGCGAGCCAUGACCAUGAUUGGACUUGCCUGGUCCAUUUCGUUCAUCCUCUGGGCGCCAGCUAUCCUCUUCUGGCAGUAUUUUGUCGGGGAACGAACGGUUCCUCCAGAUGAAUGCUACAUCCAGUUCCUCUCGGAGCCGAUCACCACUUUCUGCACAGCCAUCGCUGCUUUCUAUCUGCCUGUUACCAUCAUGACCGUCCUCUACUGGCAGAUCUACAAGGAGACGGAGAACCGCUCCAAAGAGCUGGCUGGACUCAAGGGUUCGGGCAACCAAGGGAAUCGGGAGGAAUCCGUCGGGAAUCCUGGAAGCUCACGCAGUCACAGCAGUUACGAGCUCCACCCGUCAAGCCAGAGAAGCUCUGGGAGAACCAGAACAGGCCGGUUUUGGUUCUGGCCGUUGAGUCGUAACGCUUGGAAGGGUCGCAGCGGCGACACAGACCGCAAUAGCAGCGACAGCUGGAAUAAUAACGAAACCGCCGUGUCCGUCGACCAAUCGGAUGAUGAGGAGGAAGAGGAUGCAGAAGACGCCCAAGCCGUCUACUCCAUCUCUGAGAAUCUCCACCCAACUGAAGACGCGAGACCUUCCAGAAAGGGAUUGUCCGGUCACUCCAAAGUAUCCGUGAGCUCCAAAGAUCAACCCAACGCCAACACCUCCCUCAAAGACGCAGCGCUCGCCAAACGCUUCACCUGCAAGGCCAAGACGCAGGUCAACAAGCGCAAGAAGGUCUCUCUGGUGAAAGAGAAGAAAGCAGCGCAGACGCUGAGCGCCAUCCUCCUGGCCUUCAUCAUCACGUGGACGCCGUACAACAUCAUGGUCCUGGUGAACGCGUUCUGCGACGAGUGCAUCCCCGAGACGCUGUGGGCUCUGGGAUACUGGCUGUGCUACGUCAACAGCACUGUCAACCCCAUGUGUUACGCGCUCUGCAACAAGACCUUUCGCACCACCUUCAGAUCCAUCCUGCUGUGCCAGUGGCAUCAGAAGAACAAACCCAACAAACCGCAGCUCCAGCAGAGACGGCCAGCGGCUGCUUACCGGAAACAGAGUCCUGCAGAACACUAG